AUGUUGACUCGAGACUGGAACAACACGUGUAAGCUAUUUCAACCAGCUGCUCUCCUAACAUACUCCAUUGCCACGAUACCUUGUCUUUUGUAUCGCUCUUACACUGUUGAAUAUCUCCAUAUUUCGCCGGAUCGUUAUGUUCGAGCAUUGAUCUUCAAGGCUGCUGGUGUUGGGAAGGGGAGAGCUCUCAGGCCACUUCAUGUGAACUUUCACUCAGGUGCAUUCAUGGGUGGCUUGCCGGAGGGCCAUGCAUAUUUCGAUCAGCUGGUAUCAGAACAGACAGGGGCCGUUGUUGUUGAUGUUGACUAUCGUGUGGCGCCAGAACAUGUUUUCCCUGCGGCUAUUGACGAUGCUAAUGCAACGAUCAAGUGGUUACAAGAGAACGCCGAAGAACGCUGGGGCGCAGAUCCAACUUUAAUGACCACGAGUGGUUUUUCAGCAGGAGGAAACUUAGCUUUUGCAGUCACUCAGCAGAGAAGCUGUCAGGCACCAUCCCCUACUGCUAUAAAGGCCAUCGCAACUUUCUACGCUGUUAUUGACUUCCGUCUAAGUCCCUGGGAGAAACCGCAUGCAGACAACAUGCCCAAGAAUGACCCUGCGAAAAUAUUUCUGCCCCUUUUCGACGCAUACGCAGCACCUGCUAGAUCAAAACACUUUGGAGACCCAAGACUUAGUCCUGUGCUUUCAGAAAAGGAAACGUUGCCAGAACGGAUUCUCCUUGUCGUUCCUGGUAUCGAUAUUCUCGUUACAGAACAGACAGAGUUCGCAGAGCGAAUCAAUAAAGAGGAUGGCGAAAAAGAAGUUCAAAGAGUGGAAAUUUGGUAUGAGAAAGAUCUAUUCCAUGGAUACUUGGAAGUUCCUGAUAUCGUGGUUAAGCGGGAUGUUAAGCAUCGUGCUUACGACAAAGCUAUUCAAGUCCUCCGGGAGACUCAUGAGAAGUAUAACUGGACUUGGAACGUCUAGCUUUCAUCAUACAAAUAUUUCAGGAACGUGUCUGAAUGACUUGAC